CACUCUUAUCUGUUAGACAACUUUUAAAGAUUUAACAGGACAAUCUGAUAAAAUUUCAACCUUACGGAGAAGAUUAGCAUGGCCCUGCCCAAGAAUGACAUGAACAAAACAAUUUUUAGACUACUUUAGAUGCAUCUAUUCUUGCAUGGUCCCUGUAUCAUCGAUAGCUGCUUCAGGAAUCAAGCUUUAGAAUAUUAUGGUCAAAGUGUAUUAUUCCAUUUAGUAAUAUUUAUUUCCUAGAUGCAUCCCUUGGUGUGAUCUAGAGGUCAAUGAAGUUGAAUUAAAGUCCAUUGAACUAGGAUUCAAAUUCCAUUAAAGGAAAUCUUUCUGGAUGAGUUCUUCCCAUCUAAAAAAAACUCAUCAAAAAAAAAAAAAAAUCCUCUCUGCAGCUGUGCCAUUUUGAGAAAGAUAUGGCCAAAGAUGUUGAAGUCAAAGGAUUCAAUCCAGGAUUGAUCGUCUUAAUUCUUGUUGGUGGGCUGUUAUUGGUGUUCCUUGUUGGGAACUAUCUACUUUACAUGUAUGCACAGAAAACUCUACCUCCAAAGAAAAAGAAGCCUGUCUCCAAGAAGAAACUGAAGAGGGAGAGACUGAAGCAAGGUGUUUCAGCGCCUGGUGAAUAAGUAUCCUGGACACACCGGCGUAUAUUCCCCUUGUUCAUGGUGAUGGAAUGUCUGGUUUCAUAGUCAACAGAUGCUUGGACUUUAUAACGUUACCAAUUUCCAUCAUCAUAGGUAGAACUUAGUCGAAAGAUUGCGCUAUUUUCGUAGUGACUUGGGAGUUGUUUUCAUGUAAGCUACUCAGUUCCCUUCUUCUUGCGGAAUUAUUGCUCUUUAUAUCCAAACUCCUGGCAAGGUUAAUGCUUAAUGUAGUUCUUAUGGUUGCAUA